AUGUCAGUGCCAAAAGCGGUAAUGCCGAGUUACACUCGGGCUUACCAUGCGGCGCUGCAUAGGGAGUCCCUGCAGCACUUACCUUGUCCUUUGCUCCCGCGAUGUGUCCCCUGCAGCAUCUCCUCUCCUCCGGCCGAUGCCGGCAUCCGGCUUCUGUGUUCCGGUCCCUGUGACGUCAGGACGUACGGGCGCCGCUGCCGGAGGCGGGAAAUUUAAAAAUUUUAAAAAAUGUCAUUUUUUUAAAUACACAUUUUUCAUAUGCUUUGUCCUGUGCCCUGCCUGCAUUUUGUCUGUUCUUUCU